AUUUAAAGUCAAAAAUCAACAAUGACGAGGAAAUGUUCCAAAACGGAACUUCAUCAAAACACACAUACACGAAUGUUCAUAAACUGGGUCAAUCCUUUUCAUUCUUUUUCGUUGAGUGGAGCGAGUAAUGAAUAUGGAAAAAGAUCCUUCUGGAAAUUUAAAUGAUAAUGACAAACAUGUUCUCAAGCAAGGUUGGUGUGUAAAGGAAAGUGGUUCGACAUUUCUACGUACAGCAAACUGGAGAAAACGGUGGUUUGUGCUUUCAAAACGAAAGUCUUCCCUUACAUUGUCAUACUUUAAGCAACUUGAGGGCACUCCACCACGAGGCACUAUUUAUCUUGACUCAACAUAUACAGCCAGGGAGCUUGAGAUGAAUGAGGACAAACAAAAAUCUAAUUGUUUUGCUAUUGGUCCAAUAUUUAUUGAUCCUACUAUACGAACGUACUACAUUAGUUGUGAGAACCAGGAAGAGAAAUUGGAAUGGAUGAGUAUUAUAAAUGCUGGCAUUGAAGGACAAACAGGACAGAUUGAGAAACAUGCCAAAAGUUUUAAGAAACGUUACAACCGCAUUUCAAGUCGAAGGAAACAGCCUGCACUAUCCUCAAAAUCUGAGUCAUGUGAAUUUGAAGAUCCAACUUGGAGAAUGAAGCAAUGGCAAAACUUGUGUGAUAUGGCUUUAAAAGCACAUGGAAGAAAGUGGAUACAAAAAUGGAGUGACAAUUGCAAGACAGACCUUUAAGGAUCUUCAUUGGCCAUUAUCAAGAUGGAAGGUCAUGUAUCAGUUCCACCAUGUAUAACAAUGGAGUAUUUUCAAAAAGCAAUAAAACUUGGUGGCAAGUUGGAUUAUCCUUUCCGGAAUGCAAUAUUGCUUCAAACAGUAAAUGAUACAUUCCCUCCUGCUGACAUUUUCUAUAGUCAGUACGAUGUGCCCAUACCUGGAGUGUCUACAAGGGAUUGUAUCUGGUUGAAAAUGGAAUUAGAGAACUAUAUUUCUCUUGAAAAGCAAGAAAUAUCGGGUGUUUUAUUUCUCUCAGUUACUCAUCCCAGUAAAUGUAAACACAAUAAUACUACGCGAAUCAACCUUGCUCCAUCAGGAAUCCUUAUUCUUCCUCAGCCAGCACAAGAUAUUAUUGAAACAAAAGUUAUUGUUCUUGUUCAAGCUGAUGUUCAAAACUCCCUACAAACCCUUCUUGAAGGCUCUUAUAAGUCAGGUUUACUUAAAGUUGGUAUGAGGAACGCAUUUUUACACGUGAAGCAAAAUAUCGAAGAAUAUAACAAUUUGAUUAAUGGUAAAUUUUAACAAAAACUCUUAUAAUAGAUUUUUAUAACGCACAUUAAAUUAUCUCAAUAAAACUUUUCCAAAAAAA